AUGUCCUUUCCAUCAGUCCCUUCGGUCGAAGAAGUGAGCAAAUGGAAGCGAGCUCAAGUUCUUACGUAUUUGCAGUCCAAAAAAGACGAACUUGACCUCGACGAUGAGGACCUUGACGUAAUCAGAACGAAUAAAGUCGCUGGUUCGGACUUCCUUCGGUUGAAUGCAGAUAAACUUAUGCGAGUUGGUUUAACCAUGGGACCAGCAGAAAGAAUCGCAGACUUAGUGAAUACAAUCAAAGGCGAACAGGAAG